AUGUCGGGCUGUCUGGACAAUCUGGACAUACCCCUGUCCAACAAACGACGGCCUGCGCCCGUGUUACCAGAAACCGCCAAGGAUUUGAUCAAACGCGUGACGGAAGAGGUCAACAUUGAUGCUUCUUGCCAGCAGAAAGCCAAGGACCAUCUUGGACGUGAUGAUGUGGGCAAGAACGUCGACGGCGAUUCUUUGAGUUGUCGGACGAGUGAUAGUGGUGCGAUUGAUUCCCUGAUCUUGGACGAGGAUGUAGAGGCUGUGGCUGCCAGGUACGUGGCAGAGGCCGAAUUGGAAAAGGUGACCCGAAUGCGGGACACGCAAGAGGAGAUGAAAUACGAUAGUGGCGGCGAAGAAUUGCCGUUCUGCACAAUUUGUAACAAAGACGCGACGAUCCGUUGCGUCUCUUGUCAGCACGAGGGUGAUUCCUGUCUGUUUUGCGUGUCGUGCUUCCACGACAUGCACGAUGACGACGACAAGAUGAAGAGACAUCGGAUCAAAGCUUACAAAGGGGGGGAUUGAUUGAUUGAUUUCUUGCCUUUAUUUUGAAUGAAUGAUGUGCUUUCCUUCUCUGAUUCAUGUGAAUGGCUGGCUGAAGUAUUCUA